AUGAGUACCGACAGAUUCAAGGCUGAUCCGAGCCGUUGGUCAAACGCCGGGACAACAUACGAAAGCGUCCGCCGCUCACUACGGCCGCUCUCACAAGCCCCAAACGCUUCUACGCCCGCAGUUAAGCAAGUCGCCUACGGCCAUUCGAGAAACCGGACGAUAGACAACCCCCAGUUCUGGAAGGAGAACCGCCCUCAAACCCCUGAGCGCCGCAAUUGUUAUCAUGGAGAAAUUGAAUCGCUGAAGGAGAUUGAGUCGCAUGAUUUGUAUGCACCUCCAUCUCCCAGGUCGCCGCACGAUUUCAGUCCUCUUGCUGUUUCGCCUCAGACACGGUCCCCAAUCAAGACGCAGCAUUCUCAUAGCUUGUCCACACCACAACCACCUCCAUUAACCACCACACUGUCUACACCUGAGCUAGAAACCUUCCAAAAGUCGUCGACUGGACAUUUGCGCACAUUAUCCAAAAUUGCACAAUCGGGCGAAACGGAGGAAUUUGCCUUAGACAGCCCUUCCGUGGUGGGCCUGCUGGGACGACGGCGCUUGAAGCGUACUGAUUCAGUGGCCGGCUCGGGCAGCGGGAAUAUUAAUCGAAGAAAAAAUGCAUCAUCAUGGGCUGCCGGAAACUGGAUGGAUAAGCAACGGCAAUUCUUGCAGGCCUAUGAGUAUUUAUGUCAUAUUGGAGAAGCCAAGGAGUGGAUUGAAGAAGUCAUUCACAAGCAAAUCCCGCCGAUCGUUCAACUGGAAGAAGCCCUCCGAGAUGGCGUAACGCUCGCAGAAGUGGUUCAAGCAAUGUAUCCAAACCGCACGCUACGAAUUUUCAGACAUCCCAAGCUGCAGUAUCGCCAUUCAGAUAAUAUAGCACUAUUCUUCCGAUUCUUAGACGAAGUCGAACUUCCGGAGCUUUUCAGAUUUGAGCUGAUUGAUCUAUACGAAAAGAAGAAUAUCCCCAAAGUCAUUCACUGUGUCCACGCACUAUCAUGGCUGUUGUUCAAAAAGGGCCUUGUUGACUUUCGGAUGGGCAACCUCGUUGGACAAUUGGAGUUCGAACAUCAUGAGCUUGAACAGACGCAGAAAGGUCUCGAUAAGGCAGGAGUCAGCAUGCCUAGCUUUAGCGGCAUGGCCGCGAAUUUUGGGGCCGAACCCGAACCUGAGCCCGAGCCCGAGCCCGAGUCUGAGGAAGAUCGAAUUGAGCGAGAGUUGCAUGAAAAUGAAGCUUCGAUUGCCGACUUCCAGGCUCAGAUUAAAGGUGCUAUGCUGCGACUGAAGCUGGGAAAUCUAAUGAAUGGCCUGUGGGAUUUUGAGCCUCUGCUUAUCGAUCUGCAAUCAAGGAUAAGAGGGGAUUGGACCCGCCAAAUCGUUCAAUAUCGCCUAGACAUGCGUGCGUUUGCCGUGAAUCUUCAGGCAAUCUGUCGAGGUUUUAUUGUACGAUCCCGCCAGACAUAUGACAUGGAAAAUUACCGGGCCCAGGAGCACGGUAUACUACAGCUGCAGACAAUUAUAAGAGCCUCCAAGGCGAGGAAUCAAGUGCAAUUCCUUCAAAGUCAAAUGCGAAAGGAAGAAUCGGGGAUUAAAGAGAUACAGGCUGCCAUAAGAGGAGCCUUGCAACGUAAGGCUGUCAGCGCUCUCUACUACGACACCAGAGGCGCAGAGGAUCAUGUUCGGUUAUUACAGGCCGCCAUCCGCGGUGCCUUGCAACGCAAGUCUGUUAACGCUCUUUAUAACGAUAUCAGAAAUGCGGAGGACCAAGUUCGGUUAUUGCAGAGCGCCAUCCGGGGUGGCCUACUGCGGAACAAGCUUUCAAAGCAAUGCGAAGAGAUAAAAUCCGCUGAAGAUGCCAUCAGAGACCUCCAGUCUCUCAUUCGAGGCUCUUUCAUACGACAGCAGAUGAAUGCACAAUAUGCUGAUAUGGACAGCGUUCAAGAAAAGGUGGAAUUGCUGCAGGCAGUAAUUCGAGGCUCGCUGGCUCGGAAGUCUUUAUCUCAAGUGAGAGACUUGCUUGCUCAAGAGGCUCCUUCAAUUAUAGCUGUUCAAUCAGGGAUGAGAGCCUUGGCAGUGAGAAAGCAGCAGUCACGGCUUGCAGAAGCCCUCGGAAAAGCAGAAGGUCGAUUUAUCGUGUUGCAAGCCAUGGCUCGUGGCAACGCCGUAAGGGAACAGCUUGAUUCACUGCGCGAGGAGUUGAUGGAGCAUGUACCAUUGCUUAUCAGUCUCCAAAGCAUACUCCGAGGGAGAGCUACCCGGUCCUUCUUGGACUCUCAAAUGAAGGAACUGAGUGAUGAGGAACCGUCAAUCCUUGAAUUGCAGUCGAGGGCCAGGGGUUCUCUUGUGAGAAGACGCCUAGAAGCUGAUGCUGAAGCACUGCAGGUAGAGGAACUUAGGAUUAUUAACCUGCAGGCCCUCGCCCGAGCUGCAGUUCUGAGGAUUGAGGUUGGUGGUAUACUUGAGCAACUCGAUGACUGCGAGGAUGAAGUCAGCCAGCUACAGGCGCACAUAAGAGCGAUGCUUGUUCGAGUAGAAGUCGGACAAUCAUUGGCCGAUCUCGCUGCCGAAGAGGACGUCAUUACAGACCUCCAGUCACACAUACGAGGGCACAUAAUAAGAUCGAAGUUUGAGGAGAAGCGUCGAUACUACCGAGUGAACAUGGAAAAGGUUAUUAAGGCCCAAAGCUUUGUGCGAGGUAGGAUUCAAGGCCAGGCAUACAAGAGUCUCACAAGUGGGAAAAACCCACCCGUCGGAACAGUCAAAGGCUUUGUACAUCUGCUAAACGAUAGCGAAUUCGAUUUCGACGAAGAGAUUGAAUUCGAGCGGAUGAGGAAGCUGGUAGUUCAGCAAGUUCGUCAGAAUGAGCUGGCAGAACAAUACAUCAGCCAGCUUGACAUCAAGAUUGCUCUCUUAGUGAAAAACAAAAUCACAUUAGAUGAGGUCAUUAAGCACCAGAAGCACUUUGGCGGUCAUGUUGGAAGUCUAUUGCCGAACAGAGAAAUCGCGUCAAAGGACCCCUUCGAUCUGAAAGCAUUGAACAAAACAUCGAGAAGAAAACUUGAGCAGUAUCAAGUCUUUUUCUUCCUUCUGCAGACGCAGUCUCAGUACCUUGCCAAACUUUUCCGAAGGCUGCGUGAGCUCAAUACAUCAGAAAAGGAGUAUGAGAGGAUUCGACACUUGAUGAUGGGUCUCUUUGGGUAUUCUCAAAAGAGGCGCGAGGAGUACUACUUAAUCAAGCUGCUGGCUCGCUCUGCACGUGAAGAAAUUGAAAGUUUUGACUCCCUCCACGAUUACCUGCGCUGCAACUCUUUCUGGACUAAGCUCUUCGCAUCAUACAUGAAGUCUCCACGCGACAGAAAAUUCAUGCGUGAUGUAUUGGGCACUGUUGUGAAAGAGAACAUUAUUGACAACCGAGACUUGGACUUGGAAAGUGAUCCUAUACAGAUCUAUCGCUCGGCCAUCAACAACGAAGAACUCCGCACUGGUAAACAGAGUCGUCGGCGUUUGGACAUCCCGCGUGAAGAAGCAAUCAGGGAUCCUGAGACAAGAGCAACUUUUAUCCAACAUUUACAGGAUCUCCGCGACAUUGCCGAUCAAUUCUUCACAGCGUUUGAGGAACUUCUAUACCGUAUGCCUUUUGGAAUUCGGUAUAUUGCGAAGGAGAUGUACGAAAGCCUCCAGUCCCGGUUUGCUGGAGAUGACCUAGGCUUCAUCCUUCAAACAACUGGACAUUGGGUGUGGAAGAAUUACUUCCAGCCGGCGCUUAUUGAACCCGAAAAGCACGGAGUUGUUGAUCGCGGCCUGACGCAGGAGCAAAAGCGAAACCUCUCUGAGAUCGCGAAAGUGAUUGCGCAGGUGGCUUCAGGGAGACUUUUCGGCGCCGAAAAUGUUUAUCUUCAGCCUUUGAAUAGCUACAUUGGUGAUUCGAUCCAACGUCUUGGCCACAUUUGGGGCGGCAUGAUCUCAGUACAAGACGCUGAAGCUUAUUUUGAUAUUGAUGAAUUCAAUGAUCUCUACGCUAAAACGAAACCGACAUUAUACAUCAAGUUAUCCGAUAUCUUCUCUAUUCAUCAACUUGUGGCAUCGGAAAUACACUAUAUUUGCCCGAACCCCGAUGACAUUCUAAAGGAGGUUAUUCGCGAUCUCGGAAACGUUAAAUCCAAUGAAAAUGAAUUGAUGAGUGUGAACACCUCAGAGAUCAGCCUCACUCUGAACCCCAAGCUUGCACAGGUUGAAGAUCCGGAGGCUGAUGUGAAAGCGUUAUUUAUGGAAACAAAACGAUGCAUCCUCUAUAUCAUACGGGUUCAGUCAGGCGCUAACUUGAUGGAAAUUAUGGUCAAGCCCCCGACUGAGGAAGACGAAGAAAAGUGGAUGACAUUGGUCCGGGACGAACUGAGUGCGAACAACACGAGAAGAAGCGCUUACUCUGAGGCACAUACAAUGGUGGAUAUUGCGUCCAUGACUUAUUCGGAGUUGAAGCGAACUGCGCUCGAAAACAUCCUUCGGCUUGAACAAACUGGAAAGAUCCGUCGAGACAACCACUAUCAGGAUUUGUUAAAUGCCAUUGCCAUCGAUAUCCGAACCAAGCAUCGUCGCAGAAUUCAGCGUGAGAGAGAACUGGAAAGUGCUCGUUCAACACUGGCCCGCCUCAACGAUCAAGCCGGUUGGUUAGAGCAGCAGUUCAAGACAUAUAAUGACUACAUUGAGCAGGCAAUGGUGACAUUGCAGAACAAAAAGGGGAAGAAACGGUUCCUCUUGCCAUUUACGAAGCAGUGGGAUCACCAACGCGAGCUCCAGAAAUCAGGCAAGGUGUUCAAGUUUGGUUCCUACAAGUAUUCAGCUCGUAACUUGGCAGACAAGGGUGUUUUAGUUCACUGGAAGGGCUAUACGGAACGUCAGUGGGACCGAGUUGACCUGACCAUUUCCAGCAACGAAGUCGGUGUGUUCACUAUUGAUGGCAGUAGUGGCCCAAUGAUGGUCCCUGGAGCGAACGCGCAGGUGCCACUGGAUGACUUGCUGCAAGCCCAGUUCAACAACAUGCAGUUCCUGGACUUCUUUGACGGGCAUCUACGAGUCAAUGUCAACCUUUUCCUGCAUUUGAUCAUGAGGAAGUUCUAUAACGAAUGA